AUGUGGAAAGCUGUGUGUGUGUUCCUGCUGCUAAACAUGGACAUGCAGGCGAACUGCGCUGCAAAUAAGAAGCUGGAGACCGUAGCAGAAAAGUCCAAACUUGUAGACACAGGAGAGACUGAAGCUGUGACCUCCAGCCCUGCAGGUGACCCGGCCUCUGCACCUUUCCGGGGCAAACUGCUCGUGAUACCCAUGGAUGGGAGUCACUGGCUGUCUGUAAAGGCCCUGUCCCAAGAAUUGGGUCGCCGUGGGCACCAGGUCACCGUGGUGAUACCAGAGGCCAGCAUGCGAAUGGGCCCAGGGAAGCACUAUGACACUGUUACCUUCCCUAUUCCUUACGACCAGGAAUUCAUCGAUCAGUUCUUGGUGACGAACAAGAACAUGAUGGAAAAAGCUGAUGGGUCCUUUCUACAGCGGGCAAAGAAACAAUUCUCACAAAUCAAGAGAAUAGUAGGAUUUAUCCACACGAUUGCAGAGAGCCUGCUAUUAAAUGAUACUCUCAUCUCACAUCUGGCACAGCAGGAUUUUGACGCCGUCAUAACAGACCCCAUGGUGCCCACAGGAGCCUUAAUUGCUCGAAAACUAGGUCUCCCCUUUAUUAAUGUGCUGAGGGGUAUUCCGUGUUCCCUGGAUAUAAAGUCUGCAGCCUGCCCCUCCCCGCCCUCAUACGUGCCCCGCUUCUUCUCAGGAUACACAGAUAAAAUGAACUUCAUGGAGAGAAGUAUCAACACUCUGUUGGCUUUAAUGGAGCCGUUGCUCUGCAGAUUGAUGUACUGGCAGUUUGACAACAUGGCCUAUCAGUUCCUGGGAGAGAAGGUGGGCGUGGCUGAGGUGCUUACUGAAUCUGCUAUCUGGCUGCUCAGGCUUGACUUCACACUGGAGUUUCCGCGCCCUCUCAUGCCAAAUAUGGUUCUGAUUGGGGGGAUGAACUGUGACAUUAGAAAUCCUCUUCCUAAAGAUUUGGAGUCCUGGGUGUCAGGAGAACAUGGAUUUGUAGUGUUUACUCUGGGCAGCAUGAUACCAGAUAUGCCAGAAGAGACUAGCUCCGUUUUUCUUGAAGCCUUCAGACAGAUCCCACAGAAGGUCAUAUGGAGGUACGGGGGGAAGGUUCCUGACAAUGUCCCAGAAAAUGUCAAGUUGAUGCAGUGGGUGCCUCAGAAUGACCUUCUAGCUCAACCUGGAGCGCGGGCUUUCAUCACUCAUGCCGGCUCACACGGCCUUUUUGAGGGUCUGUGUCAUGCUGUUCCCAUGGUGAUGAUGCCGAUUUCCGGGGACCAGCCUGACAACGCGAGGAGGUUGGCAAGCAGAGAAGUGGGAGUCAUAGUGGAUCUGUUUAGUAUCACUACAGAAAGCAUUGUCCAAGCGCUGAAUGAGGUCAUCAAUGACACCAGGUAUAAAGAGAACGUGAAGAAGCUCUCAGCACUCCAUAAAGACCGACCAAUCGACCCCAUCGACCUCUCGGUGUACUGGACUGAAUUUGUGAUGCGGCACAAAGGAGCUAAACAUCUCAGAGCUGCGGCCCACGACCUCAACUGGAUCCAGUACCACUGCCUGGAUGUGAUAGCAUUUCUGGCUACUGUUGUGCUGGUUUUUGUGCUGGUGACAGUAAAAUGCUUCCAACUGUGCUUCCGUAAACUGAGCAGGAAGAGGAAGCAGGAAUAACUCCGUGCUGCAUUUGUAAAUUCAUCCCAGCACCGACACUCUUGGUUUAUAAGGGAGAUAAAGUAAUCACAGUGUAGAGUACCGCCUGGUGUGAUUUAAGGGUUAAAAAGAAGAAUAAGGAAGAUGUGAGGUGAUCAAAAGGAAAUUUAUUUAACGAAAAAUACAGAAUAUUAAUAGACGGCAUUGUGCUCCGGGGAUGAGGAUUAGUGGCCACCCUUCUUUGGUGGGAAGAGGGCGUACUCGACAGCCAGAGCGACAGUAAAAGCAGCAAAGCCCCACUUGAAACCCCUCAGCAGCACAUCGGACAAAGUCACAGCCCGAGCGAAGCCGCCUUGGUAUCUCCACGCCUCGUUACUGCAGAGAGAAAAAGACGGAGAGCAGCGUCAGGUGUAAGAAUGAAUAAAAUGAAAUAUAAGCAAUAGAAUCAUGUAGGUGUGAAUACUGACCGCGCCCAUGGGUCAUUGAGGCCUCUGGCCUUCAGCCUCUGCUGUGUUACCUCCAGCGGUGUUCCCUCCCACUUCCACUGCUUAAGGUCAGGCAAGUUCACCUUGCUGUGGCCGUGGUCACCUCCCAUGCUGAACAAAUAUAUUCAGAUAUAUGCAAGCCUUAUGUUGUGCCUCUUUCUUAUAACAAGAUGAACGUGCAAGUUCAAGCAAAUUGAAAAACAUUCUCCAACUCAAACACUUUUCCUCUGAUAUAAAGUGAAGAACAGUUUCACAUGCUGGAUUUCUAAACAUUAACUGUGACUAGUAACAUUUAUUAAAUAAAAUAAAUGUAAACCUACAAAUGUAUCCUGCUGACUCUGUAGCUCCCUCUUUGCUAUUUAUUAGAUUCUACUUCAACAUGAUCGCACUUCAAACUCUUGGCAUUCUGCUGUUUGUUUUUUUGGUACCUCAGGAGCAUCUUUUCAGUCUCUGUCAGGUUUGUAAUGGAAAUGUUUGAAGACAUUUCUUUGUUUCUAAACUACACAUAUCCUCUGCUUGAUGUCACAGACUUCAUUAUGACUUCUCCUCAUAUUGAUAACGAUCAACAACCAAAUUACACAGACCUACGUGCUCCAUGGUUACUCUAAACAACAACAACACAAUCUGAAGAGUACUAUUGUUUAUUGUUUUCAUUAAAUUAAUUGGAACAUU